AUGGAGCACCGUGGCAGCUUCAGCAAAAUGGAGCCACUGCCGGGGGCCAGCAGCACGUACACGACAAAUGCGCCACGGGGAUUGCCAGUUGCUUUGCGUAUGCCACAAAACAAGAAGCAGUUGAUCCUGUGGCUGGCCUGCUUCGGGGUGGUGCUGCUGGCUAUCAUUAUUGCAUCUGGGAUCUACACCUGUAUUCAUCAUGUUGAUGAAGGGCAUGUCGCUGUGUAUUACCGGGGUGGAGCAUUGUUAGAUGACGUCGUCGGGCCCGGGUAUCACUUCAAGCUGCCGUGGUUGACUACUGCCAAGCAGGUUCAGAUCACCAUCCAAACCGACGAGAUCCAAGAUGUUCCGUGCGGUACGCAGGGUGGUGUCAUGAUUUACUUCGAUCGCAUUGAAGUAAUCAACAUUCUGAGCCGUGAUGCUGUCCACGGCGUUGUGAAGAACUACACCGUCGACUAUGAUCGUCCUCUUAUUCACCAGAAGGUGCACCACGAGAUCAACCAGUUCUGCAGCAAGCACACUAUUCAGGAGGUGUACAUCGAUCUUUUCGACAAAAUCGACGACAACCUGAAGCACUCGUUGCAGCAGGAGGUGCAGAUCAUGGCGCCUGGACUCUACGUUCAGUCCGUUCGUGUGACAAAGCCAAGAAUUCCGGCCGCAAUUCGGGCUGAUUAUGAGAGGAUGGAAACCGAAAAGACGAAACUGCUCGUCGCCAUCCAGCACCAGAAGGUCGUCGAGAAAGAGGCCGAGACCGAGCGGAAGCGCGCUAUUAUCGAGGCCGAAAAACACGCCCAGGUCGCUACCGUCAAGCACAAGCAGGUGAUCGCCGAGAAGGAAAUGGAAAAGACCGUCAACGAGCUGCAAAACCAGAUUAAUUUGGCACGCGAAAGGGCCAGCGCCGACGCCGAGUACUACCGCAUUCAGAAGGAGGCCGAGGCCAACCAGAAGCUGCUCACAAAGGAAUACAUCGAGCUGCAACGCAUCCACGCGAUCAAAGAGAACAACAAGAUCUACUACGGUGACAGCAUUCCCAAGGCGUUCAUGCAGAGUGAUCAACGCCCCGGCCGUGAAAUCACCGCGCUCCUUCAACUUCCCGGCAUGGAAGAGCUCAAGGCAGAGAAGAAGAUU